UCUCAAGAACCGCUGAGAAAGGAGACUGAGUGGGAAGAACAGAGACACUGAGCAAGAUGAGGAGGGAAGGAAUCAAGUGACAGAGAGGACACAGAUGAGGAAAGGGUGCUGCACAGGACCCGGGAAGGACGGGGUGACAUGGAAGGUUGAAGUGGCCUAGGGGAGACCCAGCCAGGCAAAGUCAAGGCCACACUCCCCAGCAGAUGGGGGCUGCACCCAAGGAUGGACCUUUCAGGUCAGUGACUACAGGAGCCUCCUCUGCAAUGUAGGAAGAAGAAGCCAGCAUGACAGAGGAAGUCAGAAGCCACAGGGAGUUGAAAAUGGGGACUUCCCUCCAUUCUCAAUCCCCACAAGGGGCGGGCUCUGGGAAUCCAGAUCUUUCUACUUGAUCUUUAGACCCAGGAGCAGCCUCAGUGUUCCUCCCCAGGGCUCCUCUCCUGCCUACCCGGCUCUGCUUCUCUUGUCCCCUAGAAGGGAGCUCGCAGUGGCUAUGGUCCUGCUGCUGCUGCUGCUGCUGCUGCCACCAGCAUCCAUGCAAGCUGGUAAGGUAGCCCUAUCCAGCCAAAGGAAUGACUACGGGAUGGACCAACCCGCACACAUGUCUGGUCGCCAAGGUGGCUCUGUGGAAAUCCCCUUCUCCUUCUACCACCCCUGGGAGUUAGCCAGCGAUCCCUGGAUGACGAUAAUGUGGAGAUGGAAGCACUUCCAUGGACCAUUUAUCUACAACAGCACCCCGCCUUUCAUCCAUGAGCAGUUCAAGAACAGGCUCGUCCUGAACUGGACACAGGGUCAGACGUCCGGCAGCCUCAGGAUCCUGAACCUCAGGAAGGAGGACGAGAGCACGUACUUUUGCAGAGUGCGGCUGAACACAUGGAGUGCACGCCGGCUUAUAUGGCAGUCAAUGGAUGGGACCAGACUCACCAUCACCCACGACGCCCCCACCACCGACUCUGCAGUCACCACAGCUGGCCUUGAAGACGUGGAGGGCACGAGGAGCCAGGGGCACCUGCCCCCGAUUCUGGGGGCCGCAGUGGCCGUCCUUGUCAUCAAGGCUGCGCUCAUCGCCCCGGUCACUGCAGCGCUGGUCUUCCUCAGGCGGACGCGCAGGAAGACACAACUGGAAUUUGAAGGAAAUUUUGGACAUGAUCACUGAGGAAAUACAGCUCAGAGGACGAUUCGGCGCAGAUGAGAAGCCAAAACCUGUAAAACGCGACGGCGCCUCACUGGGGUUUUCUUCACCAGUGUUCAGCUAUUUAGGUCCUGAACCGUCAGAACUGUGUUGUCAGGGACGUUUCUUCAUUGUAGCACGAGGGCUGAGUAGUAACGGGGACUUUCUAUAGGAAAGAAUAUGGUCUUAUCCUUCCUCUGCUGAAAAGAAACAAACAGGGAUGGAGAGAUGGCUUAGCACUUAAGGUGCUUGCCUGAAAAGUCUAAAGACCCAUAUUUGACUCUCCAGAUCCCAC